ACUCAUUCCUACUGAACAAAUGGCGGACUCUUUGUAGCUGCUUGAAGGUUCGUGAGUUUUUCAAAUUAUUUUUACUUAUUACAAGUCAAUUAUGUGUUAGUUUGGUGCGAAAGUGGUGUCAAAAAAUUCAGUGGUUCAAGCCGACUGCGAAUAUUUUACUGUCGUGGAGUCUAGAUCUGGACACAAGAUGAGUAUGGACUUCUACUUCAGCGGGCAGGAUGCUCUUUCGCUGCAAGAAAUGAUCGAUUUUGACUCAAAGCGCGAGUACGAUGACUACAACUCAAUCGACUUCGAGCUGGGUGCCUCGGUCCCACCGUUGGAUCUUGAUGAAAACUCAGUCAACGGACUAAUAUCUACGAGCCACCAUGGUAACGGACUUCACAUGUGGCUCAAUGGUCAUGCGAUGACCAACUCGAGCCCUCUGAGCAACUCUAAUUACAACCUUGACUUCAUAGAUGGAGAUGCUGAGGCAGCCAUGAUGGUAGACCCACACAACGUUAUUCCAAUUGAUCUCUUCAAAGCUGAACCAAGGUUCAACGAUUCCCCGAACAUUAAAGAGGAACCCAUCGAUGAGCUUGUUGUAAAACAAGAAAAGGAGUCAGAAGAUGACCUAGCCUUAAACCCGGUGCCGGAAUCAAAAUUGGGGAUAGAAGUCCAACUACCUGAAGAAUCUAGAGCACCAUCAACAAUAAUUAACAAGUGUAAACUUAAAGCUAAAGCAAAUAUAAUUCGUGAUAAUUUAAUAAUUCCUACAAAUUUAGUUUCUUCCAUGGCUGUAAAUAGAGUUAAGAAUGGUUCCGAUUCUGCCAAGUCUAAUGUUCAAUCUAUGCCAAAAACAUUGGCGACUAUUAGGAUAGGAAGACCAGAUGAUGCCAGUUUGAUUACAACCUCUGGCAGCACAGUUAAGUCCUUACCGGUGACGAUUGUGACAACAUCGCAGAAUAGUCUAAAUCAAAUAAAAAUUGUAGAGGGGAGCGUCAAAACGCUAACACCAGUGACAGUGCAAACAAAGAAAGUGAUCUCAGUUGACAAGAAGUCGUUUGGAAUUCACCGAUAUCCAAAACCUGCAUAUUCUUAUUCGUGCCUAAUAGCGAUGGCACUCAAGAAUUCUAAGUCUGGUAGUCUCCCUGUUUCAGAAAUUUAUAAUUUUAUGUGCAAUCAUUUUCCUUAUUUUAAGACGGCGCCUAGUGGAUGGAAGAACUCAGUACGCCACAAUUUAAGUUUGAAUCAAUGUUUUGAAAAAAUUGAGAAACCUAUGCCGAAUAGUGGAUCUUCCAGGAAAGGCUGUCUAUGGGCGAUGAAUCCGGACAAAAUUGCCAAGAUGGAUGCAGAAGUUCAAAAGUGGUCUAAGAAAGAUCCUAUGGCAAUCAAAAAAGCAAUGGUUUAUCCAGAAAACUUAGAAGCUCUGGAGCGAGGGGAAAUGAAAGUUGGAAGUUACGAAGAGUCAGAGGAGUACGAAGAAGAUCUGACAGAAGAGGAGGAUCUCGGUGUUGAUGCUGAAGAUGAUGUUGAUGUUGACGUCGAUGAUGCCCCAGUAACGCAAACAUAUCUCUAUAAUGGUGCAGCAACAGCUAUCGAUAUUGAUCCAUCAGAUAUGGAGGUGAUAGAAGACGGAGAAGGAGUUUUUCUCACAACCAAGGACGGCCAAGUGAUUCUGAAUUACAACAGUGAAUCUGACAUUGAAUAAACUAUGCUUCAAGUAGUGAGUAGGCUUUAUUUUUAGUAGCUCAAAAACAUUUUUGCAAACCUUCAUCAAGGCAAUCGGAGGAAGUGUACAACUUUCAAUUUUAUAAAUUCUUUUUGUAUGUACCUAACCGGUUUCGCCCUCCUUCAUUUUUUCUUUUUGAUUUUUUUUACCACUCAAAAUGUUUUAAUUGCUAAGCACAUCAGAGUUCCUAAUAAUUGAUUAGUAACCAUUCAUCAUUUAAUGAGUUCCAUUGAUUUUUUUCUUCAUAAGCUGUUAAUAAGUUUUUAUGCUUCAUUUAAGAGGGUUUUCAAAAAUCACCUGUUAAAAUUUUAAAUCCUCAAGACGGAUCAUCAAUUAAUUACGUUCCUCUGCAACUUAUAAUUAUUUCUCUUUUGCAUUUUACUCCAUUAUUUUAAGUGUUAUUUCCUCGUGGUUUGCAAAUCGUUCAGUAACUGGAUCCUUCUGAGAAUGGGUCUCUACUUAGAUGAGGUAUGAAUUUAAGCCCUACGCGCAGAUUUUUCUCAUCAAAAUUUAAUGAGAAGAACGAAUUUUCCAGCAAGAAGUCUGAGUUUAAACGCCUGAACAAGAUGUAAGUGUUUUUAAUUAACAUUGGUCAAAAAGCAAAAAUACAAAUGGCAUUAUCUAUAAAAGCUAUCUUCCAUUUGAUUAAUAAACGAGAAAGUAAAAAUACUGAGUGAACUGAGUACAAAAAUAUCAUCAAUUUCUGAAUCAAACAAUUGUGGGAGGAUAUUUUACAAGAUGAUCUAAGCCGCUCAAAUACUUGUAUUUCAAUGGGAAACGCUGCCUCAGUGCGUCAUGGCACCACAAGUGAUUAAUUUUUUUUAUUUUUAAAUCUUAUUUUUAUUAAAUAAAUUCUACCGAUUUCCCAUCCCAGUAUAAAUCGUAAAAAAAUACUGUGAACUCAGCUCAUCAAGCACUUCCCUAGAAAAUAUUACAAGUUUUUGGGUAAAUUCUCCAUCCAUUUAAUUCAUUGUAUAAAAAAAUAAAUGAAUUAAUAAAAUUUAGAACCUAAGUUAGUUCACAGAAUAACAGAUCUUUUUUUAACGCAUUAACUACUACGGUGUUUUGCAAGUAUUUCUGCUGGUGGCAUGGUGCACUAUUCAUUCCCAGAAACAAUUUGGCGUACAUGGGAAGCUUUUAAAUAUACCCGAAUCACAAGAUUCUAAUUUCGGUUUUAAAAUUCUUCCGUGAAAACUUGACAUUUUUUUAAACACAUAUUUUUGCGUUUUUGUCGAUAGCCCCCAAAUUUCCCGAAAAGAACUAAUGUCUUUGUCUUGGCAAGUGGAAUAGCCAUGCAAUCGAGGUAGCAAUUAUUCAAAUUGCACCCGUAUUGACUUGGAAAACUGACAAUGGUGAACAAGUUUGAGCCUAAAGCACUCCUCAAAGUAAGGAUAAGGAUGUUGAUGCUACGACCACUAUGUCUACUUUCAUUCAUUCUCAUGGAACUCAGUUCUCACAUGUAAAACAGUCACUUCUCAUCACAUUCUUUUAGAAUGGGCCUGUUGCAAACUUUUGUUAGAGCAGAAGUAAGAGUCGUUUCUAUCAGUAAAUGUCUCAAAAAUUACGAUGAGCGCAUUAGCAGAGUUUGAAAUGCACUCCUAACUUCCCAAUCUGUAUAAGAAAUUUGUGUUUUUUUACCCUCCUGCUUCAAAAACAAUACCGUGGCACAGGUGAACAUUUUAUUAGAAGAGUCAUUUCAUUAAACUCUUUUGCAAUAGCAAUACUCAACUUAGUCGACGCUUCCGCUUGCAAAUUGCAAUUGAGAACCAAGGUCAAAUGUGCUCAUCGUGAUUUUUGAGACAUUUACUUAUAGAGACAAAUCUUCUUUUAUCUUAUUUCUGCUCUAGCAAAAGUUUGCAACAGGCCCAUUCUACAAGAGUGAGAUGAAAAGUGACUGUUUUUUACAUAUUACUCUGGAAAACUGACAAAUUUUAUUUUGCCCCUACUGCAUUUAAAAGGAGACAGAGAAAACGCAACAGUAUAUUUGCAAGGACAGCUUUUCUCAUGUGAACUGAGUUCCGUGAGAAUGAAUGAAAGUAGACAUUAUGGUUGUAGCGUCAACAUCCUUAUCUUUAAUUUGAGGGAUGCUUUACGCUCAAACUUGUUCAUUGCAAUGCCGGUUUUUCCAAUUAUCCCCCCCCCCCCCCAGCCCAUUAGCCAAAUAUUUACAAUGAAUGUACAACUUUGUCGGGCCAUUGUGAUUGGUAUGAUAUCUGCAGAAUCAUUUGCUUACGGUUAGAAUAACCGGUGUGGUAGUCAAUGUGUUAAACUUCUAUUUUGCCUCUGUCUCAUAAAAUUCUGUUCCUGCGUAUUCUUGAGACAAUUUACUUUUGCCUCCAUUAAUAUUAUUCCCCUCCCUCCAUGUUUCAAAAGAGGUACACUCUGCUGUCGGAUGUGUCACUUAAUGCAGGAGGUCCCCUUCUUAUAAGGAUCAGUAAUUCCAAGUAUUUUUCUUCAUUAGUUUACCAUCAAAUCAGUGAUCAUUACCUUUUAUAACCGUGGUCUCUCGGAUUUAAUGUUCGUUUGAUUUCUUUUUUUCUCUCGUUUUUUGAAAUAAGAGGAAACAGUAAAUGUUGCAAAUUGGCCAAGUCUAAAACAAGCAUAACUCCCGUUGAUAAUUAAAAUUACCUCUCAAAAUCCUGUGCACCGCAUUUAUGUAUGUAGUGCUGAACAUGGCUUAGAAAUUUUCACUUGUUUGAUGUUCAUUGCCUCUCCAUACGCAAUAGUUUGAGCAUGAUCUAAUGCAUUCAGCCUAGUCCUAUUCAGCUUAGAUUUACUGGUCUGGAUACUUUUAAGUUUCAAAUCAUUCACCCUGUAUUAACGUCAAAGGUCUGAAAGACCUUCUUCUGAUCUGCAAUUUUUUUUAUGAAGUGUUUCUCGCUCAAAGGCAGCCUUGCAAGUUCAAAUUGACACCAUGUAAUUUUUGACAGGAACCAUUAGAUAUCCGUAUAGUUUUAAAACUGAAAGUCAAUACUUUUGUAAGCAUACAGUCUGUAAGUCACCAAGUUCCUUGGUCAAAUUGUCCUCUGCAAGCUUAAUUAACGUAAAAUGAAGAUGUUUCUCUCUCAUGUUUUGACCGUACUGUAGCCACAAGCCUAGUUUAGUAGUAGAUGCUCAGUCCUACCUCAAUGCCUGUAAAUGAGCUCCAAUUCCUUCCUCCUUAUCCAGAGUAGAAGUUGUAACUUAGUCAUACAACUAAAUAUUAUGGUAUAUUUAUAUUUAUUUUUAAUUUUAAUUUUACCUGUGGCUUGCAAAAAUUUAGUUUUGAUAAGGCAAUCAUUACUUUCUAGGAUGAACGGUCAAGUGAUGAGAAUAGGCUCAAUCAGUUAUAACAAACUUUGGCUUGCCAAACCUUUUCAGGUUGUGCGCAUUGUCAGGGUAGAUUCAAAUUGAACACAAUUAAACUAAGUAUAAAGAUAGAAAAAAAAAUAUAAUAAUGGUACUUAAAAAGUGAAACAAUAAGAGAAAGUAGAGCAGAUGAGUUGUGAAGGCUAGCACACAUUAUCUUCCGCAGGGAUAUCCAAAAGAACCAAGUGAACAAACAUCACAUUGCUGAACAUUAGUCUACCUAUAGUAUCAUUCUCAGUUGAAUGGGCAAUCCUUAUCUAAAAAGAGAAUACAAAAUGAGAAAAACAGGGAAAAACACGAGAAAUUAGAGCUGAAAAAUUGAUGAUCAAAUCUUUAAUAAAAACGAUUUUGUGUUAGUGAUAGGGUGCGCUAGGGCUCACUUCAUGCCAUCUUCUCUUUCUUUUUUGCGUUUAAUGUGCCUGUGUACUUGAGUUAUUUCAUUUUCUAUUCUUCAGUCUACUGAUGUUUGUUUUUAACUACCUUGCAAAUGCAAAUAGCGCUUGAAAUUUCUGUAAAUUAAGGUAUGUCGCAACUGAUUUAACCUAUUUUUAUCAUUGGGCCUUGGUAACAUUAUUCAUCCGAAACCACCCCUUUGGUCCCUCCAGUUCUGUGGCCAGCAGCCAUUAGCUCCCAAAAUCACAUGGUCUGGUAUGCAUUCAGGAGGUUGUGAGCACAUUUUGCUUUCAAUCUAUUUGAUCGCUAGUGUUGUGAGAAUGCAAUAAUAUUUCUACUCAACAAGACGGUAGAAAAGUAUCUUGCAGAUAAUAUAUUAGUCCAUAAUACCGAUGUGAAUGCUCUUAUUGUUAGUGUCAAAGCAUGGAGGCCGAUAAUUACUCUCCUAUAAUUCACCUCCUUGGAGAUAAAGUAGUUUUUUAAAAAUCGUCAAUUAGAAAAUAAAUCAUAGAAUUUCUUUCACUUUUAAACUUUUCUCUACAGUCUGCCUUCUCGAAACUCCUCUGACUGCUUCUCUAAAACCUAUGCUCUAAAGUUUUCCGUCUGUUUUAUUUAAAUUCUAUAUGAGAGUUUGCUUUCCUUUCUCUGAUAUUUUUCCAUGAUUCAUGUGAGUUGACCCAACUUUUUUGCUGGAACAAACCUUUUUAUUUGCAUUUAUUUCAUCACACCAAUACUCAUGUCAAGUGUUUCAUUAUCAGCCAAAACUCAGCGUUUUUUGAAGAAAGUUAUUUAAAUCACUCCAGGCAAGAAUUUUUUUCAACACAACGUUUUUUCUAUCUUUUUGAAAGUGGUAAAAAAUCCUCAGUCAAAAUAAUGUCUUUUUGACCUCUAUAUUUAUCAGUAAAUUAUUAUUCCUCAUCUCUGAAUCAAUCUAGUUAUUUCAAUUUUCAAUGCAAUAUUUAUUUACUUGAAGGGUGCAAAAAAAUGCUCCAUCCUGUAAAUCACAGCGACCAAGAGUCAAAUCUCAGGUUAAGAGGCAUAAUCAUAACCUCUAAAAAGCUGUUUUGGAAAUUUUUCCAGGAGGCAGAAAUGCUGGAUGGCAAGAAGCAGUCAGCAUUUUCAAACUUUUUGCACUCCUGAUGAACUCUCAUUAUAAGAUGUCUAUUGCGCUCUAUUUAAAACCUAUGAAAGCAACAGAAACGUUGUCAGCCUUGCGCAAUCUCUACAGAAGUUUGUGUGAAGCAUUUAUCUAUGCCCAUCUUCUGAUUUGUGUGCUGAUUUUGGCUGAAGCACUUAUUCGUUUCAUCUUAAGUUUGCUUUUACAUCUGCCUUCAUUUUUUCAUGCUUUCUUUUGUCAGAAGAAAAAAAAAAGAAAAGAAAAAAAAAGCUAUAAUUUCUAUGAAACAUUCUGUCAAAAUGCUUAAAUUAUAGAAGAAGUCUGUAAAAUUUUCUUUUUGAGCCGUCUCCUUAAUACCUCAUUUUAUUAAUUCAAACUUUUUCUCGAUCAAUUAUUGCAAAAUUAGAAAUUAUUCAAGUACCUACUGUAGAUAUGGACCAUAGAUAUUUUUCUACGCUUAUUUAGAAGAAAUUAAUGAAUUUUCUUUGAUAAUUCUAAAAUUUUGUAUUUUUAGUAUUUAAUUUUCUAACAAGGGAGAAUUUAAAUAACUUUAAGGAGUCUCUUGCUUUUAAGUCAACCAUAGGUGCAGUUUUUACUGAGGGUGAAAGUAAGGCUUAGAGAGUGAAAAUGUAUAAGCUUUAAGAAAUUUUCUGAUGAUAUAUAAGAGGGAGCUCUGCUGCUGUAAAUUUAAAUAAAAUUGAUAAUCUGAAAAUUUGUAGUGUAGCCAUUCACCUGUGAGGAGUCUUACAAGCUUUAUUUUGAACGAAAUUAAUUUGAAAAGACAAAAGCUCAAAUUAAAUGUAAAACUCAGUGGAAUUGAUAUUGUUCGUAGAGGCCCAAGUGCCAAAAAAUAAGUUUUGAGAAAAAUUGGAUAGAAGUGUGCCAUUUGGCAUGUGUUCAAUUUAGUGAGUCUAGUUUCAAUAGAUACUCUUUAGACACAUACAGUUUUUUGGCUUGGAAGAUUAAACAGAGGCUGAAUGGUACGGAUUUCUCGUUUUCCUCAAAACUUUAAUUUUGGAGCUUGGGCCCUUAAAAAAAUAUCAGUUCAAUUCGGCAAAACAUUCACUAGUUUGUGUGACAUUAUAUCCUUUGAGGUGGAUCUUCAGCACAUAGGAUAACUAUUCAAAAGUUGAUCGAUCAACUGAUGCUUCCGGGAUUGUAAAACAUCCCUUCAAAAAUCACCAUCUCUCUCUCUCUCAUCUCUCACCUCGCUUUGAAAAAAAAAAAAAAUUGACAGAAGUUAUCAGAAAUUGAGUCCUUGAUUAACCUAUACUUUUCCCAUUGCUGAGCUAUUAAAUGAUCAUCAUUGUGUUGUCCCUGAACAUCCAAAGGCUCCUCAUAAUGGAACUUGUUCCAUAACUAAGCUCAGAUAAAAGCUCUAUGUAUAUAAUUACUAAAUCUCAGAGGCAGUCGAACUAUUCUCAAUUAUUAUUGUUUUUUUAAAAAUCUGUGAUGAAAUUUUAUUAUUUUAGUAAGAGUUUCAAAUUUUAAUCUUUUUUGUUCCCCUGUCAUUUUUUAUCAUGUUUAUGAGAGUUUAUUAGCAUCGUAACUCAGUGUAAGUAAUUACUAUAUGUAAAGGUGGAGAAAGUGACCUCUGUAAGGUUCUCGCUGCUACAGUGUAAUUUUUGUACUUUUUGUUUGUUUUUUUGAAGUAUCAUCUUAAUGCGAAGUUGCAAGUGAACUCUGUUGUAAUUGAUUUUCAAUUUAUAUCUAUAUGUACUUAAAUUGUUGUAUGUCUCUUACUGUAGGCAGUAGUCAAGAGAGGGGCCUCGAACCCCGUAGGAUCUCAACAUUUUCCUCAAGAUAAAAACAUCCUACCGCUUUGUUUUACUUCGUAAAAUUCUGUGGUGAAACACAUUGUCAAUUCAGUAAAGAAAAAGCUACGAGAAAUGAAUUGACCUUAUGGUUCCCUCUUCUCAGGUCUAUAGUGCUCGAUCUGCCUACUUUAAAUCAGUUUCACAGUUUUUCUAAUUUUUUUAAUGUUUAUUUUUUUCCUUUUCCCCCCUUUUGACAAAUUUUUUUAACAUUUGUAUUUUUUUAUAGUUGUGAAAAAUAAUUUUUGUAACUUGCUGUUUUUGUGCAUUUGCCUGUAGCCCUUACAAGCAUUGUCUAAUGACAGGUGUGAUGAUGUCUGAAUGGUGUUUCAAUCAAGGAGAAGAAUUAUUGUUAAAUUUCCCGUUUUUUCUUGAGUCUCUGCUCAUCGCAUUGCACAUUAACCAUUCAGCAAAAUGUUGAUUUUUUCGAUCAUAUGUUGAGAGUUCUGAUGACUGAUCAUGAGUCUUUUAACUCUUCUCCUUUUUUCCAAGUAUGCUUUUUUGUAAAGUGUGUAUAUGUGUGUCAAAUCAACAAAAAUGCAUUUAAAUAUGUUUUCUACAGAAGAAUUAGAGAAUAAAAAGCUAAUUUUAAAAGUAA